UGAACUCGUCAUUCUACAAAUACACAUUAUAAUAUUAAGAUAUGCAUAAAAUUAAAAAAAAAAGAUGUGCAUAAAAUUGUGUAAGGUAGAAAGUACUCGACCUUCCACUGAAAAGAGGAGGAGUCAAAUAUCCUGAAAGGGUUGGGACCCGCCUGCAGUCCCUCGGGAACUUCCUGUUGUCACCACACCUCUGGUGUAGUUAUCUGAGCUCCCUCUGAGCAAAGCCCUCAGUGGAAACUCCAAGGCUCUGCAAAGGAAAUUAUUCUUGUGAAUGUGACACACACUCUCUCCAGUUUCCAUAUGCUGAGAUUAUCGUUCUUCUUCGGUUUGAUUUGCUUGGUGAAAACAGACACGGAUGAAACAUGUCCUUCAUUCACCAAACUGAGCUUUCACAGUGCAGUGGUCGGUACAGGACUAAAUGUGAAGUUGAUGCUCUACACCAGAAAAAACCUGACCUGUGCACAAGUCAUCAACUCCACAAUUUUUGGGAACUUGAAUGUGACCAAGAAAACCACCUUUAUUGUCCAUGGAUUCCGACCUACAGGCUCCCCUCCAGUUUGGAUGGAGGACUUGGUACAGAGUUUGCUCUCCGUAGAAGACAUGAACGUGAUUGUUGUUGAUUGGAAUCGAGGAGCUACAACUGUGAUAUAUAACCACGCCUCUAGUAAGACCAGAAAAGUAGCAGAAGUCUUGAAGAAAUUUAUCGACCAGGUGUUGGUAGAAGGAGCUUCUCUUGACAACAUUUAUAUGAUUGGAGUAAGUCUAGGAGCCCACAUAUCCGGGUUUGUUGGAAAGAUGUACAAUGGGCAGCUGGGAAGAAUUACAGGUCUCGACCCUGCGGGCCCUUUAUUCAACGGGAGACCUCCCGAGGACAGAUUAGAUCCCGGUGAUGCACAGUUUGUUGACGUCAUCCACUCCGACAUUGAUGCACUGGGCUACAAGGAGCCAUUAGGAAACAUAGACUUCUACCCAAAUGGAGGAUUGGAUCAACCUGGUUGCCCCAAAACAAUAUUGGGAGGAUUGCAAUAUUUUAAGUGUGACCAUCAGAGGUCCGUGUACCUGUACCUUUCUUCUCUGAGAGAGAACUGUGCUAUCACUGCAUAUCCCUGUGACUCCUACCGGGAUUAUAGGAAUGGCAAAUGUGUCAACUGUGGCAUGCCACAAAAGGAGUCCUGUCCCCUGCUGGGCUAUUAUGCUGAUAAUUGGAAAGAGUAUUUAAAGCAGAAAGAGCCUCCUAUGACUAAAGCAUUCUUUGACACAGCCGAGGAGAAACCAUUCUGCAUAUAUCAUUACUUUGUGGACAUUAUAACUUGGAACAAGAACAUAAGAAGAGGAUCCAUUACAAUCAGAUUGACAGACAGAGCUGGAAACACCACAGAAUCCAAAAUCAAUCAUGAACCUGCAACUUUUCAGAAAUACCACCAAGUGAGUCUGCUUGCAAGAUUUAAUCAAGACUUGGAUAAAGUUGCAGCCAUUUCCUUGGUGUUCUCUACAGGAUCUACAAUAGGCCCGAAGUAUAAGCUCAGGAUUCUCCGAAUGAAGUUGAGGUCACUUGCCCAUCCAGAGAGGCCCCAGUUGUGUCGGUAUGAUCUUGUUCUGAUGGAAAACACCGAAACAGUCUUCCAACCUAUUCUGUGCCCAAAGUUGCAGAUGUAACAUGUCGGGACACAUGGGCACCAGUGACAUCAAGAAAGCUACAACUACAGGCUUUUUUAAAGCGUCACCUCACCUUUUGCCUCAAGGCACAUGGACGUAUGAAUAAGCAGGGUUUUUUCCAGCAGCGUCCCAUGGAUGUCACAUUGCAAAAUGUCAAACGACCUUGGGUUAUGGAACAGUCCUGGGAAGGGAGCCCCUAAGUAGGGCAAGUCAGAAAUAGCUAGGCUCCCAACAGCCCAGUGCCUUGUCUGGCUGCGUCCUGGGGCCUCGUUUGUUCUGGCCUGUCAGUUCUGCUGCCGGUCACUCAGGCAGCUCUGCUCAUCAAGCAUCUUAAAGGGAAGGUCUAACGGGAGACCUCACUCUGGACUCGACCCCACAUGCCCUGUGCCAAACUCCUCCAGGUCCCUGCAUGCAGAAAGGAAUGGAGACUGA